AAACCCUACACUUUUCGCCAUAACGUAGUUUAAGAAUGUUGAAAUCCGAAUUGCAGCACCAAUUUUGGGUGACCAAAAAAGCUGUCCAAAGAAGGCUUGGCUCUAAAGAGGACGAAAAUAUUGUCGCGUCCGAUGGGGAGUUGGACACCAAAAUCGAACUUUUCAGCUCGCUGGCAGAAAGCAACAGCAAACUGUACCGUAUUAUCGACCAGUACCAAGAGCGAAUGUGCAUACUGGCGCAGGAGGAAAACGCGUUGGGAAAAUUUUUGCGCGAGGUCAGCAAAGAAAGUCCCACCACCGGUAAAAUGAUGUCUACCACCGGCAAGGCAAUUUCCUAUUGUGGCCAACAACGCAUUGCUAUACGUGUGCCAUUACUACGGCUGCAUCAUGAUGUGCACACAUUCAAAGGACGAGCUAUUGCCGACACGCACCACACGAUUCAGCAAAUGGAGAGGGAAAGAACGGAGUACCGAGCCGCGCUAAGUUGGAUGAAAUCUGUUAGUAUACAGCUGGAUCCAGAUACUGGAAGGGGUUUGGAAAAGUUCCGAAAGGCGCAACGUCACGUAAAGGCGGCAAAAACAAAGUUUGAUAAAUACACCCUCGACUGCCUCGAGAAAAUUGACCUCUUAGCGGCUGCAAGGUGCAACAUGUUCUCUCACGCGCUUGUAGGCUACCAAAAUGCUAUUCUUCAGUUCUCCAAGAAAACGGACGAAACGUACAAGAACACGCUAAAGAGCCUUGCAAAAGAUCCGCAUUAUCGGUUUUCUAUAUUGAAAGAACUUACCCAGGCGAACCCCAACGAGGAAGAUAAAGACGUCGAUGUCGAUACGACACUACAGCAGAAUGAACCGUCCGGCAAGCCUGCGGACGAUGACCAAAUGUUGUUUUUCAAGGACGAGUAUAAAGAUGAGCUGGAACCAGUAGCUGCAAAGCAACAGGCAUCCACAGUGCAAGACACGCUUUCCGCGAGCAUUGACGGGGAAAUUGAUGCUCUUCUAUCUGAUUUGCCCAAACUUACCCUUGGCGCAAAAGCAAAUAGAAAGGAGGCUGAAGACAGCAUUGAAAUUGGCAGUGGAAAUGCCAACUGUGACCUGCUGGGACUUAAUUUGGAUGAUGAAUUCUCCGAUUUCAUGUCAGCUCCAGUGCCAUUUUUGCCUUCGAUGUUACUAAGCAACGGUAGCCUCGUGGAUGAUGAGUUUGAAUUCACACUGCCGCAGGACGCUCAGACACUUUCGGAAGAGACAUCCGAUAGCAAUCGAUCGGAGAAAGCGUCCGACAUCUUUAGCAGUUUGUUGCAGGGGUUUUCCAAACCAAGUGUUGUCGGGCCGAACGUUUCCAGUACUUCAACGAAUGGGGGACCUUUGGUGGCUUCGGGAUCUAAGCCAAAGGAAAAGUUGAGCACAAAAGAGAGCGGCAAGAAGGGCAAAGACCUCAGUGGAUGGUAUCAGCUGUUUGCGGAAUUAGAUCCUCUUUCCAACCCCGAUGCUAUUCCGUCCAAAACGGAUGCGCCAAUCAACAGUAUGGCAGCCUGAAUAGAAUCAAGAAGAGCAGAUAUGUUUUGUUACCGGUUUUUUAAUGUUAAUUGUAAGAAAAUGCUUCGUAAUGUCAUUGUACUUAUGCUUAUUUUAAAACUGAAUUACCUACCCCUUUUAACCACUUACGUUGACCGUCAAUAAAAUAAGAUGUCU